AAUAACACGCCUACGUGUAGUGUACAUGGCAACACAGGAACUCAGCAUGGGCACAGCUCAUGGGAGUCAUGAUAACGUCACACUGCGCAAGACCGAUGCUCAUGCUUGCCUUUCGGAAUACCUGAGACCGUACGUGGCACCAGAUUGCGGGUGAAUCUGACAAGAGACUUUUUCAGAGUCUUUAACCUGACGUAUACGCUUCCAUCGCCAUGGACAUGUACCUAACCGUCGAAGAUUUUCGAGAUAUGAGGAGGGAAAUGUACACGGCUCAGAAACCGUACACGCUGGGCGAGUACGAAGGAGUCCCGCUUAAUUCAAACAUUUGCAAAAUCAUGGACGAGCUGAGGUCAUUUGAGGUCAGAGCCGACGACUGUUGGAUCGUUACCUACCCAAAAGCAGGCACAACUUGGCUUCAGGAGAUCAUGUCGGCCGUGAUGCAUGAUGGGAACCUUGAAGAGGUCAACAAAAGCCACUUUAUGCUCCGUGUGCCAUAUUUUGAGCAGACUUUCCCCGAGGAAGUAAGGCGGCUCAAAAACCUCCCUUCAACUCACAGAAUAGCGGACGAGAUGCCUUCCCCUCGUGUCAUCAAGUCCCACCUCCCCGGCCAGCUCCUGCCUCCACAAAUCUGGACCAAGAAAGCCAAGAUCGUCUACGUCAUCCGUAAUCCAAAGGACUUGAUGGUGUCUUAUUUCCACUUCGAGAACAUGAUGAAUUUAAAGAGCGCAGGGCUGCCAUUUGAGGAGUAUUUAGGGUACAGAAACUCAAAGAAAGCAAGUUACGGAUCUUGGUGGGACCACUACUUGUACUUUUGGAAGAGGAGGCAUGAACCUAAUGUUAUGGUGCUACGAUUUGAAGAUCUGAAAAGAGAUCUGAGACGAAACGUGGAGAUAAUCAGUCGGUUUCUGGGCAAAGCCCUGUCUGCCAAGACACUGGAUGACAUCACGAAGCACUGCUCAUUCUACAACAUGAAGAGCAACCCCAUGACCAACCCUGACUACUUAUAUGCAUCCGACGAGAGACCAGGCUAUUCCUUUAUGCGGAAAGGUAAAAGUGGGAAUUGGAAGACCCACUUCACUGUGGCGCAGAAUGAAUCCAUGGACGCCCUCAUUAAGGAGAAGCUGCACGGUACCGGACUCACCUUCGAUCACUGACCAAUCAGAUUGC